UCUUACUGUCCCAAACAUGGCCGCAAUCAUUUGUCAGUGAAUGGUAGUGCACUAGCAGUUUCUCUUGAUACUCAUUUAAGUCCCUGAACUGACUCGAUGGAUGGGUUUUAAUUUAUUGUUCGUCUUUGAUAAGAAAAAACAAAGAAAUCCAGAUAUUUUUUUCCAUUAUAUCAUUUGCAUCUCCAACGAAAGGUAUAUUUUCUUAUUUCUUCGUUUUAUCAAAUUCAAGAAUGAAAAUAAACAAGUCCGGAAAGUAUAUUUUUUCGGAUUAGACACAGGAAUAUGAGUUUGCAUUAUCGUAUAUUAAUAUAUCAGUAGACCCUGUUUAUAGCGACCUCUGUAUAAGCCACUAUGUGGAAUCAAAAAAACGGUUUCAAAAUUAUUAAAUUGUUUUUGGCUUAGAAUCACAAGUUUGUUUUGAACUAAAAGAACUCAUAAAUAAUAAAGUUAUAAUCAGAGUAAGAGUAAAAAUAGAACUGCUUUCCCCAAAUGGUGGUAAACCAACGUGAAUAUGAAUUAAGAUCUCUAAGAAGGAUAUUGACAAUUGACUGUAGUAUUGUCAUUACUGUCAUUAGAAUUAGAAAAAUGAGGUGGUGAUGAUUAGGGGUGUGCCGGAAUCCGGUUCCGCCGGAUUUUGCACUAUCCUGUGAAAUCCGGUUCCGCCGGAUUUACAUGUAUCCGGAACAACCGGAUUUCGGAAUUUGCCAGAUUUUGUGACUCACCGGAUCAUAAUCUGAAAUAAAAGUAAUUCUCUUUCCCGAAUUCCACACGAUCACGAUUGUUACGCACUGACUUGUGUUGGGAGAAAUUAAUCUCCUAUUUUAAUUUAAUUGGCUCGUUGUAAGCAGUGCCUAACAAAGGACGAUACCAUAGAAUCAACAAUAAUAAAGAUACGACCCAAAACAGUUUCUAGUUACAAUUAAUAAUAUUUAUUAAUUCUAAUUACAAAAGAAAAGAAAAUAUAAUUACAAUCUUCAACUUACAGUAUGGUAGAUCUUGUACCGGUACACAGUUAACACAGUUAGAAUAAUGUGCCAAUAAAUAAUGCGAAAUAAACACAUAUAAGCUCACAAAUACACAAAGAAUAAAACACGGGCCUAAGCCACACCCCUUUGUGAACACAGCGUCUCAUGCGGGGUCAAUCAGAGGGCUCGCACGAGAAAUAUUAUGUAAACAAGCUCUCUAUAACAACGAUAUAUUAAUCGAUUGUUUGGAGCGUUGAGCUUGUUUAAUGUUUAAUAUUCCGAACAUACCAGAGGCUAGAGUCAGCACCGCUAAUAGUGGCCAAUAGUACCGGAAUCCGGAUCCGGCGGAUUUCGCAUAAGAAAAUCCGGAUCCGCUUGGAAAAAACGGAUCCGGCACACCCCUAGUGGUGAUGAAUGACUCCUGACUCAGGCAGUAUCUGAAGAAACCUAGACAUGGGAUCAGCAACUUUUUUGUGGGAUGAAGAAUUUUGUCAAUUAUUUAAAUUAUAUAAUUUUUAAUGAUUUUAUUUCUACUUGCAUUUUCAAUUUGGCAAAUUGUAAUUUAUUGCGGGACACUUUUGAUAUGUUGAUUCAGUCUUCGUGCAGUGAUCACCUAGUGAAUGGCAUGAGAAUGCUGGAAACGAGCUCCAUUAUGGCUGGUUUGACGAAAGGGGGGGGGGUGGUUGCACUCGCUCAAAUUAUCAUGGUUUAGCAAAUGAAAUGGCGGGAGAAGGUUGGAUAGGGGGAGCUUAAAUCUACUUUUUAAUUUUAGGCGAUCGGACAAAUAGUGUGGGAGAUAUGCGUCCGGCGGGCAUGUCAGAGACUGCCGGACGCCUAGUGGGAUAUAUUCUUCGGCGGGCACGUGACCAUCUGUGACUAGUGGAAUAUAUUAUUCUGGCGACAGACCGGCCGAUCCCUAGAUAGUAAAUACUGAACAUGUUAAUAUAUUCAUAUGCUCUGAGAUAAAUAAAGGGUAUCGUAAGCAUUUGACUUUGAAUAUUAAACUAUUCUGCCUAAAUACUAAAUAGUAGUACUAUUACUAAUAUUACUAGUCUAUUUGAUUCCGACUCUUCAAAGAAAAAAGUCUGUUAUCUUUGUUAAACAUCUUAUAACUCUCUACCUUGAACUUGAAGCCUAAAUUUAAAAUAUGAACCAAAUAAAAUAAGACCAGUAGACUUUAAUAGAAUAUUGUCAAUAAAGUUUUAUUUUAGGAUUAGUAUUUAGUGUUGCAUGAGAAGUAGGCUAGGUUACCAUUGUAUUGUAUCUAUAUUAAGAUGUGCCGUCUAUUUCUUUGUGGACUAUCGGCCUACCGCCUUACACUUUAUUAUUUAUCACACACUUUUUAUUAUUUAUCACCCUUACUCUUAUUUCUUUAUUACCGUAAUUCUCUCUCCCUCUCAGCAUUUCUUCUUCCUAGAAUGCAUUAUUGCUUAACCUCCUACCCCUUUGUUUAUGCACCGUACACAAGUAUUUUUUCUAUUAUUUGUUGACAAGAUACUCAGUAAAUUACUGUAAAAACUCCUCGACUACAUGCAUCUCCAACGCCAUUUUUCUGAUAGACUGUACUUUUAUCUGUCACGUGACAAGGCUGACAGACAACUAUCUCGCGCCACUUUGUUACGGCUGUCAUGUGACUUGGUCGGCGGACGAAUAUCUCGAUAAAGUAUUCAUCAGGCGGUCAUGUGACUUGGUCACCGGACGCAUAUCUCCUGCAAUAUUUGUCUGGUCGCCGGACGUGUAGACACUUCGUAAAUUUUAUGCCAAGUUAAAGAGUUAUGUCAAUUUAAUGUUUAAAUUUUGUAAGUAUUCGUUUUUAAAAAAAAGUAAAUAAUUCUACUUUUGUAGGCUUAGAGAUAAAAAUGUUAAUACUAAAAAGUAGAAAAUAAAAAAUAUUUUUAAAAAUUAGAAAAAAAAAGACUUCCUAUCAACUACAUGUUUAUUAAAGGCACUAAAAAUUAGAAAAUACUUUAACAUUUCUGAAAAUGUAAUACACAAGGAAAGUCUGUGCAGAAAAUAUGUUUUUAAAAAAAUUAAUAACAAUAAAACUUACAUAUGUUUUGUCUACAUUCAAUGCAAUCCUUUCGCUACAUAGUGUGAUCAUUCACACUUCUGCAGUCUUUCUUUGCAUAAUGCAUUUAAAGAAAUAUGAAAUUAUUUAAUUCAAUUUAGUGUGUUUAAACUCUUCUUUGAUGGGAAGUAAUUUAAAAAGGUCUUUAAAUUUGCUUUUAUUAUAUAUGCAAUGAAAAUAUUUUGGAAGUUACAUAGAUAUUUUUUUAUUUAAUAUUCUAGAACCACAGGUUGCCGAACACUUGCCUAGGCUAAAGCUAUAGCCUUUAUUCUUCAUCAUUGUAUUAUGAUGCAAGGAUUCACUAAAAUAAAACAGUUAAUGUGUCCAGACAAAAGCUUUUGUCCACUAAUAAAGAUGGUAAAAAUAAAGAAUUAAAAGGAACUUCCCGUUUGCUGCAAACUAAUUUUUAAUAGCCAAUUAUUACAAAUACGAUAGUCAGAGUAGCUCUAUGCUACAAUAUGUAAUGAAGGCUUCUCAGUGAAAAUAGUAGUAUUAAGCCUAAAUGCCCAAAAGUCAAUAAUUUAUAGCUUGAAGUUAGGCAGUACAUGAUUUUCCUAUGGUAGGAUUUGCUAUAAAAGACAUAUCUAUGAUCUAUCUCUCUAUGAUAUCAUAAAAAUGUUGUAUUAAAAUGGUUGUCAAUAUACAAAUUCCAUCAAAUAAGUUAUUUAGAAUUAUGGGGGGGGGGGGGGGGGGGACUGUGAUGUGAAGUUGGUAAAUGUUAUAAGUAAAAUAUAUGACAUGAAUGUUUUAAAAUUAUUUUUACCCUUCCCAACCCCCCAUAUUUCCCUCAUGUCAUAUAUAAUACUUUAGAGGUGUGUACUUGAAUUUAUUUAAUUUUCCCUUCAGUUUUAAUUAUACAAUUUUAAGCCACAAAUAACACUUGGCAAAGAUAGGGAGUAAUAACAAAGGUGAACAUUUUUGAUAGGGAGUAAUGGCUUGGGCGAACAUUUUUUAACUUCAAUUACAUGCGGUUUUACUGCUCUUAAUUUGAGGCAAGUUACAUCUAAAGGCAUCCUGCAAUUGCAUUUUUACCCAAAGCAUAUCUUACAAUGUGGAUCCAUAACUACUAAUUUUUUUAUAUAGACAUAUUUGGUGGCCAAUAUGCUUGUAAAAGGGUUUUAAAAAAUUAAGAAUUUGAUCUUUUAAAAAUUACUGAUUGACUUAGCCCCAGAAAUUAAAAUUAUUUUUAGGGCACAUUGUUUUCUGAAUUUUAUACCGAACCAGUUUGAUUGAUUCUAUUAGACUUUCGGCCCUAAACUUGUUCAUCUCUUUUUAAGUUACAGUGAACCUAAAAUAAAUAUUUAGAUUUUUUAACUGCAAAUAUCAUAAAUAAUUACCUUAAUUGCACUUCAGUUUAAUCUGAAUGUAAACAGGAGCCUAACUUUACUAAAUUUAUGUUGAGAGGAAGUGGAAUUAAUUAAUUAUGCAAUGCGGUUAAAAGUAUAAAUAUAUUUAAAGAAUUUUUUCCCAACUAAAUGUAUGUCUUAUUGUUUUAUACUUUUUUUUUUUUGUAGAUGUCGCUGAAACCAAGAAGAGUUGACUUUGAUGCAACAUGGAAAUUACUAAAAGAAACAUUGGAAGGUGUUAUAACAUGUGGAUCUGUUCAAAGAGUCACUUGGAAUGAUCGCUUUUCAUAUCCUUUUUUAAAUGAAAAUAUAAAUAAUAAUUAGAACUAAUUAUUCUUCAAAUGCAACAUCUAUUUCUUAUAAGAUAUGGUGUUUGCUAGUAUAAUAAAAACAAGUCCCGUUAAUUAAAAAAUAUCCUUAACUCUAUUAACUGAUGUUUACAAGCUUUGUACAGCACUUCCUGAACCACAUGGAGACCAUUUGUACCAGAGUACCAAAGAAUUCCUUGAAGAACAUGUUAAAAAUUUGCAUGCGGUAAAGCUUCCUGAAAAUAUUUAUUCUAGUUAUUAAAUGAGAUUUUUUUUUAUUGUAUUGUUUUUCAUUUGUUAGAACCAGUGUUACUUUUUUAGAGUGCACUCUUAAUUAUAUAAAUAUCACCGUCAAUAAAUACACUUGCUUUUUCCAAUGUUUGUUUAAAUUUUAAUUUGCUUAAUUUUACAGGAAAUUGUUUCAGCUGGAGAGGAUCAUAUGUUGGAAAUGUAUCAUAAACAUUGGGAUCGCUUUAAUACAGGUGCAGGUUACCUAAACCAGUUAUAUGGGUAUGUUGUACUUUUUCUGUUUUACUUCUUUUCAAGAUAGGUGAAUUCUAUGAUGACUGAUGUAACUUUGCAUCAAGUAUAAUUGGAAAAUGUCAUUAAGUGUGCUUAAUUUAAUUAUACAUGGUUUUGGGUCUUAAGUAGGUUGACUUUAAAAUAAUAGAAUUUAUAAAAAAAUAAAGCAGAAUAUAAAAAAAAAAAAAAUUUUGAAAUUGUAUCAGACAACUUGAAAGGACAUAAUAUUUGAGUUUGCAUCGUUUUUGCUGAUUUCCUCUUAAAAUCUGCUUUAAUGGAAACAUUUUUUUUUUUCAAACUUAUUAUAUACAAUGUUUAAUUUUCUAAGGAAAAACCUUUAAAAACUACUUAGAAAGCAAAUUUUUUACAAAUGUAGUAAAAAUAAUAUAAUAUAACAUGGCUUUGUAAUUGACGUAACAGGCAUUGCAUAGCUCAUAUCAUGCUAUAUAAUUUUUAAUACAUUUUAAUCUCAGAUCAGGUUUCAUUUAUCAAUACAUUGCUUAAAAAAAUAAAGCUAUAGGACUAUUAAUUUGGAAGUCAACAUCAUUUUCCAUUGGGACUUUUAAUACAUUUUUCUUUUCAUUCAAUGGAAGUUGAGUCAGUCCAAAGCUUAUAACAUUUGGGUAAUCAAAGUUUUAACAUAAAUUUUCAUAUUGCCCUUAAAUUACAACUUUGCCUAUCUCCUAAACUGCAUUUUAAAUUUAACUAAUAAUCUGUUGCAGUUACCUCAAUAAUACCUACAUAAAAAAACAGAAAUAUUCAGAUGCAGAUGUCAACUAUGGGGUUUUUCCUGUUGAUGCUGACUGUUUACUUGAGAUUGGAGAGGUAAGUCAGUUACUCAAAUUUAUUGAAAAUAUUAAUCUCAGUAAAGUUUUAAUUACUUCUUUAUAUUAAAUAAAAAUCACACCGCAAUUCGUAAAUUAGAUUAUAAUUUUUCUGUGAAAACAUAAGUUGAUCACUCUCAGUAACUAAUCUGUUUAAUGAAAAUGCACAUUUCUGAUAUCUAGCUUGCCAAAGACAUUUGGAAAAAUUUGAUGAUAGACCCUAUCAAGCACAGACUAGUUAUUCUCUUACUUCAAGAGAUUGCUAGGUAAGCACAAUUUACAGCAGAUUGUAUCUAAGCAAAUUUAUUGUACCACAAAUGCUGGGUUUUGUUUCCUUGCUUUCAUUCUACUCCAUGAAACUUCUCAUGCUCUUAAAAGAAACUAUUUUUAUAGUUUAUGACAGUAAUACCAUGUUUAUUAUUCAACAUGUAAAUUCCAGCAUGUUUUUCCAUGUAUAGCACAGAAAUCUAUUGUAAAUCUAAAGGGAUAAAAGAGAAAAUUUGUUAAUUGAAAUAUUAAUGUAAUACUAGUAAUAGUACCCUAACAAGCUAUGUCUGUGCAUUGAGAAAGUGGAAAUUUUCAUGAUGAUACACCACUCACUGGCCUUCCUGUAAUAGUUUAACUAAAUAUAAUUUAAGAAAGCUAAUGAUCUUUUAUGUUUUACAACAUUUUCCAAUGAGUACUUGAUGCACAAUUUAAAAAAAUUCCUAUUGAGACAACCAAUGUUCUUCUUUGCUGACAGAGAUAGAAAUGGUUACAGCGUGAAUCAGACAGUUAUUCACAGUGUUGUUACUUCCUUAGUCGAUGUUUCAGAAUACAAGAAAAAAACACCACUUGAGGUAAUAAUAAUGUCAUUUUUUUAAAAUGAAUAUUUUGAAUGAACUUUUCCAUUGAAUUGACAAUUUAACACAAAUUUUCUACUUUUUAUGCUGAUAAAAGGAAAAAUAACUAUAUGUCUGCCUCCAUUAAAUAAAGUCAUUCAUCUUUUCUUUCUUUAAGUAUUUAAGUUAUAAUAUAAUAGGUAAAAUUAAAUCAUCAGAAAUUAAUAAUUCUGUGUUCAAUAGUCAUGCAAAAUAAAAUUCCUAGAAGUUUGCACCAAUUGGGAUGCAUUUUGUCGAGUAACUUUAGUAGAUGGGAAGAUCAUGCACUGCCAACACCAUUGUUUGGUGAGUCAUUUCUAGUACAUAUUUAAUAUCUGUUUAAAAAUUGACCGACUUUGAAGUUGUGAUUUUGCUUUUUUCAGUUAUAUCAAGAUAUUUUUGAGACUCAGUUUUUAAAGGAGACUGGAGAGUUUUAUCGUCAUGAAGCAGCUCGACUAAAAGCAGACUGCACAUGCUCAGAGUAUUUAGAAAAGGUAAGACAGACUUUUACCCCAAAAAAUCCAUAAUUUAUUUUCAGUGUUUUUCUUUUUUUUUAAUUACCCAGCUAAUUGCAUUUGUGCUUUUAAAAACGUUUUGUUUUACAAAAAUGUAGGUUAUCCAAAGGUUAGACAAUGAAAAUUUUCGAAGUAGGAAGUUUCUGCACAGUACAUCAUAUGCAAAAGUUACCCAAGAAGUUCAAACUAGAAUGGUUGCAGAUAUCAUUGAUUUUCUCCAUGGGGAGUGUAAAGAUAUGGUUGAGCAAGAAAAGCGAAAAGGUGGGUAAUUACUAAGUAAUGUAUAAAAGCUAAAGCAACCCAAAUAAAUGUAUUGGAGUGAAAUUUAAUCCACUUUCAGCAAAGCUUGCUUUUCAAACAAUUUCUUUAAAGGUUUUCACCCACAUAAUCAUCAGUUUAUUUAGUUAAAUCAUUUUUUGAAAAUACUUAUGUGUAUAUAAAUUUAAACAAAUAACAUUGUCUUUUAUUUUAAAUUAAUAUUGUUGUAACGGAGGAAAAAAGUAAGUUUUAUUUCAAAUCUUAUAAUUAUGUUAUAUAUUUCCAUUCCACUGCAGACUUGACAAAUCUGUACAUUUUACUUAAACCAAUUCACAAGGGUUUAGAGGUACUUGUUAGGGAAGUUGAAGGUCACAUUAAACAGCAGGGUAUGCAAUCUGUCCUCAGUCUCAAAAAUGAUCCAGCAGUAAGUACUGAGUAUGAUUUCAUCUUAUUUUUGUUUUGUUAAAUAAAUUUUAAAAAUUUCCUAUGAUGGUACUGCCAUUAGUUUUCUGUCAAAGAUAAUUGAGCGAUUAGUUAAUUUCUUUCUUAUUUAUAGAUGUGGACUGAUGUAAAAUCUAAACUUUAAUUUCAUUAAUUUCUUUCUUCAGUUUGUUGAAGCUAUGUUAAAAGUUUACCACAAGUUCAGAGAGUUGAUAACUGACGUGUUUAAUAAUGAUCAAGCUUUUACUGGUGCCUUGGAUAAAGUGAGCAUUUUAAUUCUUUAUUACUUGGUGUAUGUACAUUCCUCAUGUAAAUCCAGAUAAAUAAUUAAUAUUCAUUUAUGGUCUUGCUAAGAUUAACUUUAGAGCUGAUUGAGCCAUGGAUAAAUGGUUGAAACUUAAUUUAUGAACGUUCAACAAAUACAGUUAAAUUUGAUAUCUGCCUACUUGUGCAAUGUGUUCCGCUUGCAAAGUAUCAAAAUUUUAUUAAAAAUAGAUAUUUAAAAGUGUUUCAGAUCAGUUUGCUUUUGAUAAUAAUGUACUUAAAAUUUGGAGUCAUAGAUUGUACUGUAGAUAAUAUUCUAUAUAAUUAUAUAGUCCGUUUCUAAGUUUAGUAACUGUAUUCGUUGACAAAGUUUGUUCUCAAUGGCUUUUAUUAUUCUAAAACCUGAUUGUUCAUUUCAUAUUAUUUCAUGAUGUUGGUUUUAGUUCAAAAAGGUUUAAUUUCUUUCCCCUUAUAAUUUGUGCAAAAGUUUAAUCUUUUUAAAAUGUCUAAGUGUUUCUUUCACUGUUUAAAACAACUUGAAGACUCUGGUAGAUUCUUAAAAAAGAUUUUUAAAUCUAUUGUCUUUUCUGUAAAUGAGGAGGAAAUGUACCUACAAAAGUCUAAAAUAAGAUAUUUGUUACCUAAUUGAAUCUUUAGCGUCUUCAUUUAAUGUAAUUGCAAUCUUAAAGAGAAAACCACUUCUGUUUACUGAGCUAUCAAAGUCUCAUCUUGGUAUAAAUUUACUCUCAACAUUUAAACUGCCCUGGAAUAUUUCCUCACAUUGUUUAAAAGACUAAGGAAGCAAUAUUCAACAAGAGAUUUAGUGAUCUUUAGUAUUGAUGGACAAACUUUAUACAAACUUCCCAUAUCUCCACCAACAGUUUGAUCCUUGAAUUUAGGCAAACUUUAUUUGAUAAAAAGUAAUUUUUCAUUACAUCUUGUGAUAUAUCUUUCCAAUCGUGUACGAUUCAAUUUAUUCCUAGUGCAUGAUAAUAAAAAGUUAACAUUAACCGUCACAAUGUCACCAUCAGAAUAUUUAGUUAGUUGCCUCUGUUCUUUCUAAUAAUCCUGGAUGCUAUAAUGUCUUAUUACAGGCCUGUUCUGCUGUAAUUAAUCAUAAACCUCAGAAUUCACGGGCACCCAACAGAUCUCCAGAAUUGGUAAGAUAAUAUUUAACUCUUUUAUGUCUAAAAAGUUUAUCCCUCUUUUUCUUUUAUAUGCAAGUACAAUGUUAAAAGAUAUAUCUACAAUUGUCGUGAAAGUAGAGCAAAUAUAUGUAAGUUUCAACCAUACUUAAAAAUCUAAAAUAAAUAAAUAUGCUAUAAAAGAUGCAUAUAAUUUUUCUUUCAUUAUGAUAUAUGUUUUCCAUUUUGCUAAUGUUUUUUUUUUUAUCUUGAACAUAUUUGAUAAGGGAACUAAAUAAAAGUUAAUUGACACUGAGAUAGUAAACUUUUAAGUAAUUGAGAAGUAUUUACCUAAUUAAAGUGCUUUAACUUAUUAUUGACAGCUAGCAAAAUAUUGUGACAAUUUGCUCAAGAAAAGCACUAAAGGUGUUGGUGAUGUAGAACUAGAUGAGAAAUUGUCAGGCAGCAUAAUCAUUUUUAAAUACUUGGACGAUAAGGACGUCUUUCAAAGGGUAGGCACCAAUUUAUUAUGUAAUUCUUUUUCAUGAAUUGUCGGUGACUUAUAUAUCAUUUGUUUUUAAUCCCUUUAUUUUUUUAGAAGAUAUGGAUGGGCAAAACUGCACUUCAAAUCUAUUCAAGUUAUAUUCUCUACAAAACUAUAAUAUUUUAUUAAUUGCAGAGGCAUUAUUCAAUUUAAGUGAUAGCAAGGGUUCAUAGUAUAUACAAAUUAUCAUUAAAAAUUCAUUUGUCUUGUCACUUGUAUAUAUUUUUCAGUUGUAUAAAGAUGGAAAUAUAAAAUAAUUAUGUUUUAUUGUCUGUCUCACCAGUUCUAUUCACGUAUGUUGGCAAAGCGUCUCAUCUACAGUCAGUCAGCAAGCAUGGAUGCAGAGGAAAGUAUGAUCACAAGAUUAAAGGUGAGUUACUUUGCAAAAUUUAUUUUUUAAAGACAAAAAACAAAACAGUGAAUGUUAUAUAUUAAGUGAUGACAUGUCGCUACAGGCCUGUUUACUCUUACGAUUUUGGCGUACAAUUUUAAGAUGUGGUUUACGAUUGUAUGUCAAUACCUGUCAACACUACGAUUUUAUUAGACUGAUUUAAAAAAUAUAUAUUCCAGUGGUUUUAACGAUUAAAAAAUAUAUAAAUUAUUAAUAAAUAAAACGUUUUCUCUGGUUGUUAGUUUUAACUCCUUUCGAUAGCCAGCGGUGCAUGGACUGAGAAAUACCAUUGGCUGGGAAUCAUCCAUAAUUAUAUUACGUACUCAGAUUGAAAUGGGAUGGUGUUUAUUUGGAAGCAUACUAGUGUGAUGGGAGGGUUACGUGGGAAUAUUUUUAAAGGUUAUAAUAUAACACAAAUACGUUUUGUAAUAAUUGUUAUAUUGUUGCUUUGUGUUUCACAAGAAAUUUGCUAGAUACAACAACAGUAAUGUUAAGCAUAUUCGUCCACCCUAGUGACAAAUUUAUUAAACAUUAGUUUUUUUGUGACAUAAUUAUUUCAUUCUUCGGCUGAACAGCUGCGAUUUUGAAAAUGGAAAAACUACAGAAUUUUUGGGGGGAAAUGCAUUCUCAACUGCAUCACACAGCAGCGUUAAUUUUUUUAAUAUUCUAUAAGAUGUAGUAAGCUGAUCUGAAAACUAUUCUUAGAAGUCAUUAAGCAGCUGUAAUUAGACUACAAUGUGUUAACGGAAAAAAGUCAAGCUCAUAGGGUUAGUGUAGGGGUGAGCAAUUCACAACCAGCCAUGUUAAAUAUUUUGGUACAUAUGAAUUUAUUUCUUCAUUCAAUCAGCGAUUAUUUUCAUUUUUGGCAUAAACGCCCAUUUUUUGUUUGGCCGUACAGGCUUUUUUGGUUUUCCACGUUCCUUUUUAGACUGAUUAAAAAAAAAUAGAUUAAAAUAAGUAAAUAACUGUUUUACUAUUCUAGUAACUACUUAAAAUAAAAAGGAUUAAUAUAAACACAGCUUAGAAAGGGAAACCUAAUUUUCCACAAGCAUUACGAUUAAGGGUAGAAUGUUACAAAACUGUCCUCAGGUAAACACAAAAGUGCAUCACUAUAUAUUGAAUUUAUAAAAAAAUUCUCUGCCUCCCACUAACCCCAUUUUUGCACGGGUGACUUAAGCAGACAUACUCAUUUUUUUCCAAUCCUCCCCCAACCACAUCUUUGUAUAUCAAAGUGACAAAUGAUUGGCACCUUUUUAUUUUCAAUUGUGCACUGUAUAUAAAUAUAUAAACAUCAGUCAUCUACUUUAAGACAUGACCUCACUUUGACAUGCACUGUAUGUUUAUUUAUUUACUUUUAAAAACAGUAUUGUGUUAUUUUAAGAUGGUUAAGUACUUUUCUGAGACUAUAUUGUACUAUUUUGGAAUUUCUAGUGUACCGGUAUCCAGGUAUGUCCCUAUAAAUCAGUGGUUCCCAAACGUUUAAGUUUGGCGGACUGGUGAACAAGUUUUGAAAUUUUACCAGGGACCGGUGCAUGAUUUAUUUUUAUACUUUUAUUUCUGUUUGACAAUAAAUAUUUAUGUUAUGGGGACCGGCAGGGUUAGGCAUGUGGACCGGUGAAGGUCCACGGACCGCCAUUUGGGGACCACUGCUAUAAACAACCAGACGUUUAAAAAAAAGGAUCAUGGUCCCAACAAGAAAUUUGUGUACAUUUACUAUUAAUACAUAAUUUGUUUGUUGGCUUGAUGGAUAUAAUUUAUGGCUAUUAUAUAGUGAAAUUAUAAAAUGUCAAGACUUAAAUAUAACAAGUUAUAAUUUCUGCUCAAUUUUUCAAACCACAGUUUAUAAUUACUAAAUAAUUUCAGCAAGCCUGUGGCUAUGAAUUCACCAACAAGCUUCAUCGAAUGUUUACAGACGUUAGUGUGAGCUAUGACCAUGUUGUGAACUUCAAUGAUUAUCUCAAAGAGUUGAACACAACUUUAGGUGUCAAUUUCAACAUCCUAGUAUUUCAGGUAUGUUGAUUAUUUUUAUAUUAUCAUGAAACUCAAAACUACUGAAAAUAAGAAGAUAACUCACCAAAAAAAAAAGUCACUAUUUUUAAGAAUAUAUACUUAUUUCUGUAGUCACUCAAAUAAAAGCAUGCAGCUGUCAAAUGCAAACUUUCAAUAUUGUACUGAUAUGUGCAAAUAGAGCAAUACUGGAUUGAGACAGUGCUUAUGGUUUGAUUUAUGUACAUUAAUUACUUUGAAGCAGUUAAAUGUGAUUUCAAAAAAACAAAACAACAAAGUUUGCUCCCAUGGAAAUAUUAAAAAAUGUGUAGUUUGCACAGAAUUUUUAUUAUUGUUUAUGAAAUCAAAUUUAGAGAGAAUUAAUUGAAUCUUUGUCAACAAGAAUAGAUCUUAGGUUUGAUUUGCCAAAUAAUGUGAAGUUUACCUGAUGGAUUUGUUUCAUAUCUCUUUUAGGCAGGAGCAUGGCCUAUAACUCAACAGAAUAACAUUUCUUUUCACAUACCACAACAGCUAGAAAAAAGUGUACGCUUGGUGAGUUAGCAAACAAUAUAGAGGUUUCUUAAAUUUAGGUUAAAAUCUAGAGCUAUCCUUGAAAUAAAAUAUGUAAAUAAAAUUCAAAAUUUAUUUAGGGAUGAUAGUUUUGGCAUUUAUUUUAAGAAAUGUAUUGUCAUCAAUUUAACAUAUAGACAUUUUUAAAAAUUCAGUUUGAAGAAUUUUACAACAAAAAAUUCAAUGGACGGAAAUUAACCUGGAUGCAGGCCUUAAGUAAUGGUAAGUAUAUUGUUAGAUUCACAAUGGUUAGGUAGGUUUUUGUCUAUUUUAGAUGUUUUGUCAACAAAUGCAUUUCUAUAUGGUAAAUGUUCAAAAUCUUUAUUGAAACUCAAAAUAUUUAUUGUAGUUUUGUUUUAUUAGUAUGUUAUGUGGUUUUAACUUAUUAUUAUUUUUUUUACAGUUGAACUGAAACUGUGUUACUUGAAAAAGUCAUACAUUGUGACUAUGAGCACAUUCCAGAUGGCAACAUUACUUCCUUUUGAAAAUGCAGAUUCCCUCCCCUUCUCUGACAUCAGAACCAGUACUAAUUUGCCAGAGAAAGAGCUUAUUAAACAGUUGCAGACUCUUGUUGACACAAAAAUCCUUAAUUCAAAAGAUGUGAGUUGCAAUUAUAAGUUCAUUCCUAAAUCCCAAUGGAUUUUAGUUAAUUUACUUGUCUAAUAUAAAUGUAUGAGUUCCGAAAUUAUUUGUAUCAUUUUAUUUUAUUCUUUUCCCCCAGAACUUAGUUACUGAGAAUUCAACUCUUUCAUUAAAUUUGGUUUAUAACAACAAGCGAACAAAAUUUAAAAUAAUGGCAGCAAUCCAGAAAGAAACCCCUCAGGUGAAAGGUUUUUGCUUUUAGUUAGUAAAUGAUUAGGCAUUUAAAAUAAUUCAGUGGGUUAGCAGUGUCUAAACAAAAUUUUCUAGCAUUUUAUUUAACAUUAAACAUUUUUUAUUUCAUUAUCUAAAACAGGCCUGCGCAACAUAUGGCCCGCGGGCCACAUACGGCCCGUCAGCACCCACUUUGUGGCCCGCGAAGUAACGAAAAAUUCUUUCUUCUUAUUAUUUUUUUAAUAGCUUUAUCCCCUAUUCUAUUUUCUUUUGGCCCACACAAGUCCUGUCCUAUUUUCUUUUGGCCCGCACAAGUUUUUCAUAAAGUAUUACGGCCCGGCUUACAUUUUCUGUUGUGCAGGCCUGAUCUAAAACAUUAAUUUUUUUUUUUAACAUGGAAAAAAAUUCAAUAUGAUAUUUUCUAUUACUACAGAUUUGUAGGAAAUAACUUAUAAAUUUAUUGUGCAAAUUUAAAAUAUAAUUUGCGCAUCAAUUAUCACAACAUUAUAAUUUAAGUUUUUGUUAUAACAGGAAGUAGAAAGCACUCAUUCAGCAGUUGAUGAAGAUAGGAAGCUUUAUCUGCAAGCAGCCAUUGUGAGGAUAAUGAAAGCUAGAAAAGCUAUUAAACACAAUAAUUUAAUUCAGGAGGUAACUACAUGAUUUAAGCUUUAUUUAUUAAUUUAAAAUGUCAGUAUUGUUAAACAUGAUUAAUAUGUUAUGAGCUUUGAAACCUAACCUAUAUCACAUCUUUGCAAACAAAUAUGUGAUUGAAUUACUAUUAUUGGUGUUUUAUUAUUUAAGAUACAGCAAAAUUAACAUAAUGUUAUGUCAGAUUUUAAAAAUAAUAUCUCUGCACUGAUAUUUACAAUAAAUUUUGUCAUAUAAUGCAGUUAUGUGGGAUUUUUUUUAUCUUUAUCAAUGAAAAUAAUAACUGGUAGUAAUUUAUAAAAAAAUGUUAGUAACAAGUAAUCCCAUUUUAAAAAGUAAGAAUGGCAUUUAAGCUCAUUUUAAUUGUUUAUAUUCUAUUACUGUAUUUACUGUAUAUUUGCAAACUGACUUUUACUUAGACUCAUGUUAAUUUUCCAAAUAAAUUAAUACUAAAUUCACAAAAGUCAUUAUUGAUUUCUUUCAGGUAAUUAGCCAAGCACGUAGUCGUUUCAACCCUAGCAUUAGCAUGAUCAAGAAAAGUAUUGAAACCCUGAUAGAGAAAGCUUACCUGGAAAGAGUAUCAGGCACAACAGAUGAAUAUAGUUAUAUUGCAUAAAAAUGUCCUGUCAGUUCUAGUGAUCUGGUUUGUUGAUAGCUGGCUGCAUUGAACUGUUAAAAAUAUCAGUUUUGUUUAGUUAUUCCUUUUUUUUUUUUUUUUCCUUUCAAAUAUGCACCUUGAACUUAAGAAUUAGCAUUUGAUGUGUUUAUGGUACCGGUAACUAAAACAAACAUCCGGUGUAUGGUAACUAAAUCAUUUAAAAACAAUUUUUCCGUGACUUGAAUUUGUGACAGGUAUAAUGAAUAAUUAUUGAAGACAGUUAGAUUUGUAAAAAAGUAAAAAAUUAUAGCAUUACUUUUAUAAUUUUUUCUCCAAUUGUGAUAUCUACUUGUCUUGCAUUCAACAAUUGAAAACGGCAGAUUCAUGAUGAACUUUUGUUGAUGCGUUUUGUUUUUUGUGGUUUUUUUUUGGUAAACCUUAAAUUUUAUCUGAGCAUCAAGAUUCUAUUGUGG